CCCCACACACACCGCGAAACUCGGAACGACUCCGUGGACGCCGGAGUAGCCACAAUGAGCUCGGAGCGCCAGAGCGACGGCGAGGACGCCGACGAGUCGCAGGACAGGCCCGACACCGGCGGCGUCCCCGACAAAGAGGAAGACCCCGAUAUCGACGAGUCGGACGAGGAAGGUGACAACGCUCGGGGGACGGUUUGCCCCUCGCGCCCGGAAGGCAACCGCGACCGGCCGGAGCGGAGCGCCAGGUCCCCCGCGCUGGAGGCACCGGAACCCCGCAGCCAGCCGGUCCCCGAGCCGCCGACAGGGAGCUCAGGCGGGAGCUCAGGAGGCGGAGGGGCUAGCCUGUUUUCCUGGCUGCGGAGCAGGACUAUCAGACGCGGGUUGUUUGUGGACCCGGCUCGGGACAACUUCAGGACAAUGACCAGUUUGUACUGCUCUAUGAAUCCGGCCGUGGAGUCCGUCAACUUGAGCACUCAGACGCAUGGAGCUGUCUUCAACCUGGAGUACUCCCCGGACGGGUCUGUGCUGACUGUGGCCUGCGAGCAGACAGAGGUCCUCCUGUUCGAUCCCAUCUCGUCCCGGCACAUCAAAACGCUCACAGAGGCCCACGAGGACUGUGUCAACAACAUAAGGUUUUUGGACAAUCGAUUGUUUGCCACCUGUUCCGACGACACGACGAUAGCGUUGUGGGACCUCCGUAAGCUGAACUCAAAGGUUUGCUCGCUGCACGGCCACGCCAGCUGGGUGAAGAACAUCGAGUACGACACCAACACUCGCCUGCUGGUCACAUCUGGUUUCGAUGGAAACGUCAUCACGUGGGACACAAACAGGUUUACAGAGGACGGCUGCCCGCACAAGAAGUUCUUCCACACGCGCUAUCUGAUGAGGAUGCGACUGACGCCCGACUGUUCCAAGAUGCUCAUCUCCACUUCCUCAGGGUACCUGCUCAUCCUUCACGACUUGGACCUCACCCAGUCCCUCGAGGUGGGCAGCUACCGCAUGCUGCGAGCGCGGCGGACCCCCCUCAGCUCAGGACUCAAGCAGGAGGCCUUUCAUCCCAGCUGGUUCCUGAUGGCACCUAAAACCUCGAGAAAAGAUGGAGGCACCUCAGCGUCCAGGUCAGCUGGUACCCCUCGCCAGGGAAACGACUCCAGCAAGAUGCACCCUCACAGAGAAGGCCUUUCACCCAGGAACAGCCUGGAGGUUUUAACUCCCGAGAUCCCCGGCGAGAGGGACCGAGGAAACUGCAUCACCUCCCUGCAACUCCACCCAAAAGGCUGGGCUACGCUCAUCCGCUGCUCCAGCAACAUGGACGACCAGGAGUGGACGUGCGUGUAUGAAUUCCAGGAGGGCGCGCCGACGCGGCCGCUGGUGUCCCCACGCUGCUCCCUCCGCUUGACCCACUACAUCGAGGAGGCCAACGUGGGCCGGGGCUACAUCAAGGAGCUGUGCUUCAGCCCGGACGGCCGGCUCAUCUGCUCCCCCUACGGCUACGGCAUCCGCCUGCUGGCCUUCGACGAGCGCUGCGGCGAGCUGGCCGACUGCCUGCCCGUCCAGACCAGUGUCCUCCGAGAGAUCCGGUCCAUCUACUCGCACAGCGACGUGGUGCUCACCACCAAGUUCUCGCCCACGCACUGCCAGCUGGCCUCGGGCUGCCUGAGCGGGCGCGUGGCCCUCUACCAGCCCAAGUUCUAGUCCCCCCCCGUCGCCGUCGGAGAACGGGGCAGUCAAAGGAACGCCCCCCGUCAGGGGUCCUGCACAGACUUUCCAGGAAGCGCGUCGGUCGCUUUUCACCAUCGUUGCGUUCGACGGAAGCAUUGCAUCGUUCUCGCGUACGUUUCAUGCAGUCUUGUAUAUUUUCUGUGAUUUCCCAUCAUCCGUGCAGAUUUUUGUCACAGCGAUUUGACUCCUGUAAGUUCAUUCUAUGUAUUUAAGUCAUCAAGGAAUGCUGCUUUGAAAAAGAAAAAGAAAACGCACACCAGUGCUACGACCCUGGCAUUUGCUUUAAAGUGAUCUAUGGACCAACUCUGAAUGUUCUCUCAGUUAGUUAAUCGUUAGAGCUCAUCACUAUUCUUUGAAGCUGCGGUUCUUAACUUGGGGGACUUUAUUUUAUAAUUUUUUCCCCCCACCAAACCUGUCGGGAAAAUGACAAGUACGCCGCAGAUGUGCAACAGGCCGCGUUCGUUCGGGUGCUAGCUGUCAGCCGACAGCCAUUUAUUGAAAGAAAAACCGAGGCAUUUCAUCCUACAGGUCAGGUCACGGCAGUGGACGACGGACACUUUCAGCCCUUCUUGCCCAGAGAACAUCAAAAACCAAUGCAAAAAAAAAAAGAGAGACCCCGCCCCCGAAGGCAACACCGCCAGGAAAAGGCGGAUUGGUUCACAAACUAGACUCAAGACGCCGACCGAGAGGAAAGCGCGAGGCCCUGAACGCACCGUGGCAUCAGGCGACAGCAGGCCCUGCCCCUCGCUCCUUUUC